AUGGCCAUCGACAAGGGUCUCGGCGGAUGGGAAGUGCACCAACUUCGCGGGAAGCACCUCCUAAAACAAGAGCUCUUUGGGGCUGCCGUGGAAGACUUUGAAAUUGUCAACAGGCUCAAGAGAUCUGCAGAGACUCUGCAAGCGCUGAAUGAGGCCAAGAAUAAGCUGAAGAUAUGGGAAACCCAAAGCCAUCACAAUGCUUUGGGUCUUCACCAAACUGCGACCAAGCCUCAAAUUUUGAAAGCCUACAAAGACCUGUCCAUGAAGUACCAUCCAGACAGGCACAGAGACAAACCAGAAGUUUUACAAAAGGCCUUUGAAGAAAAGUUUAAGCGUAUUACUAAUGCAAAGACUGAUCUAAUGGAAAAUCAGCAACAAUGGCUGCAUGAGGCAAAGUUCCCACAAAAUGGCUACAGACAGAAUAAUGGUAGACAGUGGAAUGAUCAACAUGGCUACAGAAAAAAUAAGUGGAAUGAAGAAUCCUAUUAUUAA